GCGCGUUCAAAGCAAUUCCAGGAAAGCCUGUGAAUUCCCGUUGUCAUGGCUUCUGACUGGAAUUAACUCAGCUCUCUCCUUAGGGUCAAACAGCCUGGCUUGGAUCCCCAAAUCCAAAAGACAAACAUCACACCUGCUGGUUAUAUGCCACUUUCCCAAGCAAAUUAAUCUGUCCUUGUUGGCUAGUAUGGUGAAUGAAUCGAGGACUAUAGAUAUGAAUGAUUUGAGAAACAUUUCAGGUCUGAAAGAAGCAGCACGCUAAGAAUCGUCAGUUAUUUAUUUUCAUUGACCAUUAUUGAAAUAAGGCAAAUUGAAGGAACAUAAGUCUUUGGGAGUCGUUUCCUUUUGUUAUUCAAAGUGUUGGUCAGUUUGAGAGUCCACCCAAAAUGCUUUCUAUUGGAUCUCCCCUGGCCUCGCAUGACAAGCUGGAAUGGGCAGUGCCAUGGGCCUGUGAGUAACAGCUGAACACUUGUAAAGAAGACUGGGGUCUGGACUGGCCACGGGGCUUGCGCUUUGAAAGCACAAUACGUCUUCAAGCCACUCCGGGAGAGCGAGCCAGCAACAACAACACAAUCAGCGCAGCCAAGGAGACCGGAGAAAAACUUUCCCCCAAAUUCCCAACUUAGAGAGGGGGAGAAAAAAAGGGGAGAAGCGCCAAACAAAAGCAUUCUUAGCUUUCAGCAAAACAAUAACUUUGCGAAAAUAAUUUACUUCAAAUACAAAUUCAAUGAGAUAGGCGUAACGGAACGCGUCUCCAGCAAGAAUCCGCUACUUUUAUUCAACAUUCUGAUUCUGAAUACCUAAAACCACGGAUUGAGUGCUGCAGCAACACUGAAUGAAACAAAGUUUCGUAAAAAACAGAAUGGAAACGAAAAUGCGAAUCACGUGGGCACUUCUUCCACUUGGUUUUCUACUUCACUGUACUCAUGCUGAUACAACACAAACACCCUCUAUUUCUUCAACUUCCAUGGUGCACACCAGCUUCCCAACAGUCACAUCCAAUAUCGACACCGUGAACAACACUGUUUCUGAUCCAGCCACCCAUGCAGUAACCACCCCCAGUCUAAUCAGUAGUACCGGGACUGCACCAGCCCCGCUUACCGCACUAAGUGGGGCCACGCUGAGCACCUCUACCUCUGGGAGGUCCAGUGGUAAUGUGGUGUCCACCAACAUGACUGCUGCUGGACUGGACUCCACUAGCUCCUCAGGAAUCCCCACCCAGACCACCGCGCAAUUCACUAGCUCCUCACGAACCCCCACCCAGACCACCACGCAAUUCACUAGCUCCUCACGAACCCCCACCCAGACCACCACGCAAUUCACUAGCUCCUCACGAACCCCCACCCAGACCACCGCGCAAUUAACUAGCUCCUCAGGAACCCCCACCCAGACCACCGCGCAAUUCACUAGCUCCUCACGAACCCCCACCCAGACCAUCGCGCAAUUCACUAGCUCCUCAGGAACCCACACUCAGACCACCCAGCCCCCCACUAGCUCCUCACGAACCCCCACCCAGACCACAGCGCAAUUCACUAGCUCCUCACGAACCCCCACCCAGAACACCGCGCAAUUCACUAGCUCCUCAGGAACCCACACUCAGACCACCCAGCCACCCACUAGCUCCUCAGGAACCCACACUCAGACCCCCCCGCACUCCACUGCAGUCACAGAGGUGGAUGGGAGACAUACUCCAAACCUUACAAUCCCAUGGUCAAGGUCGUCCUCUCCAUCCCAGCAACCUUUCACAUCCGGCCCUGUGGGUUCAGGAAGCGGUUUUGCUAUCACCACAACCCGUGCACAGGGAGGGAUGGUGUUAACAAGCACGGCUGAGACUACAACCACGACGACCACUACCACAAGUCCUCCCAAGAGCUUUAUGUUUGUCAUGUCCAAAGGAAAUGAAGAGAAUCACGAGAGGAAGGACCUGGAGAAGCUGUGUCGACAGCUGAUGUCUCAGAUGCAUGACGCUAACUGUACUCUGACUGUGAGAGAGAACAACGGACACACUACCUUUGACAGCGUGGUAAUUACCGGCAAAGUGGACAACGCUGUCGUCCAGCAAAACUAUGAGGAAGUCACCAGAAAACCAAGUGACAACAUGACACUGAUUGCCAUUUUGGCGUCCUGCGGAGCUCUGCUGGCCAUGAUUGUAGGCUUCGCCCUCUACGCCGCAUACCACCGCAAGUCCUAUUGGAAGAACCACCAACAACACCUGACAGAGGAGAUGCAGACGGUGGAGAACGGUUACCAUGACAACCCCACGUUGGAGGUGAUGGAGGUGCAGCCGGAGAUGCAGGAGAAGAAGGUGGCCCUGAACGGAGACUUCAACGACAGCUGGAUUGUUCCCAUCGACAACCUGCUCAAAGAGGACAUGCCAGAUGAGGAGGACACUCACCUGUAGAGGGGGACUGGAACAGACAGGGGUGCUACUAUAAUCCCUCAACCAACUGACUCUCCCUUCCCUGCACCGUUACAAGGGCCCUGUUUAGUAGAGGGUUCUAGCUCCAAAGGUUUCAGGUAGAAAUGUAUUCUAUAUAGAAUGUAUACAACCUUAAAUAACGGGAUUUGAGAAAUCGCACAAUUGUGAGUUCUAUGCAAUGCAUUUCUAUCCGCAACACUUUUAAUGUUCCUCCCCAUUGAAGCAGACCCAAGGCAACAACACACAGACACCACCUGACAAAUCUGAAAAAAAUAAUACCCAGAGGAUGACAGGUUCUGGAAACCCACCGGGCCUAAACGGGUGUCUGAGUCCCAUCGCUGUGGCCAUGGAAAAGUAACAGGGCAUUUGGUGGAUACUACACCAAUCAACAUUGUGCCUAGUUUUAGGAGAUAUUAAAUAAAUAUUUGGGAAAUGUAACUCUCAAGCAUACACAAUCCCAUUUUAAGCACCAUUGAGUGUUUAAAGGUACUUGAUGUACCUCUACAUAGUUAUUGAUUUAAUUGGGAAAACCAAACACUCAAACCACCAAUAUUUCAGGGUGGAGUUUAUGAACUCAAAUCUGCAUGUUCUUUAUGCUGUAAUCAAUGUAAUCGACAAAAGUGCCUUGAAUUGAGCACCUGUACAUAGUAUUUUCUUAUAUUUUCAGAGAAAAUGGAUGUAAUACUGUAACACUACUUGCCUUUAUGGUUAAAUCUCAAUAGUAUUGAUUUAGAGAAAAUGACCUCAGGAUAAAGUGAAAUAAUCAUCCUGGUGAAUGAAUUAAACUACUAGUGAAUCUCAGCUCUGACGACCUGGCAGUGGCUGCUGUAUAGAAGCCAUAUACUGGUGAAACAACGGGGUCCCUGGAGACACUGCUGGGACAGGAGCUUCUACAGAUAAAGGGGAAAAACACUGUAAAUAGUCAUUUGAAAGUUCUAAAGAAUUUUACCUAGAGCCUGUUUCCUGGACAUAGAUAAAGCCUAGCCUUGGACUUAAGAGCCCUUUCAACUAUGCUUUUUAGUCUAGGACUGGGGUUACUCUAUCAGGGAAGCUGGACCCUUAAGAUACAGUUGAAGUCGGAAGUUUACAUACUUAGGUUGGAGUCAUUAAAACUAAUUUUUCAACCACUCCACACAUUUCUUGUUAACAAACUAUAGUUUUGGCAAGUCGGUAAGGACAUCUACUUUGUGCAUGUGUAACAGUUUAACUUUACACCCGUCCCCCCGCCCCGACCCGGGCGCGUACCAGGGACCCUCUGCACACAUCAACAACUGACAUCCACGAAGCAUCGUUACCCAUCGCUCCACAAAAGCCACGGCCCUUGCAGAGCAAGGGGAACCACUACUUCAAGGUCUCAGAGCAAGUGACGUCACCGAUUGAAAGGCUAUUAGCGCGCACCACCGCUAACUAGCUAGCCAUUUCACAUCCGUUACACAUGACACAAGUCAUUUUUCCAACAAUUGUUUAGACAGAUUAUUUCACUGUAUCACAAUUCCAGUGGGUCAACAUAUUGUGGUAAUUUGUUAAACAUCAGGGAUGACUUGUUACAUAGGCCUCUGCACAUUUUCCUUUUUGUUUGUUUCCCUUUUUUGUCAAAUCAACUGAAUAGAAAUGUAUUUAAAUAUCCAUUAAAUAUCCAAUAUGUGAUUAUCUGGCAAAACAUUCAAAUUCAUGUAUAAUUCACAUGGACACAAUAAUUCCCAAUCAUAUUUAAGCUGUAAAAUCAACCAAAACAAUCCACCACUUAUUCUACACAUUCCUAUGUACUGUUUGUCAUUAGUUAUUGUGUACAGUCACUCACUCGUAUUAGAUUUCUUUAACUUUUACACCAAAGUAUUUAGCAGUUAUUGUAUAUAUUUAUGGUUUGUUUGCUGAUGAAGCCAAACAACAGGGGGUCUGACACACUGGAAGCUGCGCCUUGUCUAUCAUGACCAGGGCAGCCAUGUUUUCUUAUACCAAUAAAGAUUUGCCAAUAAAACACACUUAUUUCAAA